GCAUUUCACCCGAAUUUCAUUCUCCACCAAUUUGGAUGCCUAGAUAUAGUGUAUAUAUAUUCUUUUUUACAUAUGUGUUUUAACAGCCUAAGAGAGUGCGAUUUGAUUCUGUGCCCAAAGUUUCAGUUUUGGAAACACCCACAGAUAGAGCUGCUGGGAUCAGAUUGCUUUCGUAGCGAUGGCUCAUAGUGCAAGAAUGUGCAGUAUAGUUGCAUUGUGUGUGGUGGCGCUGUUCAAUGCAGUUGCAAUAGCAACUGAGCCUAAAAAUCAUGCCGUUGUACAACAGAAUUCUUCAAGUGGCAAUGUCAUAAGCUCUAACUCUGUUCUGGUUGCAUUACUGGAUUCACGUUAUGAUUAUACUGAGCUGGCAGAGCUGGUGGAGAAAGCCCUGCUGUUGCAGGCUCUUGAGGAGGUUGUGGGGAGCAACAACAUCACAAUUUUUGCUCCCAACAAUGCAUUUUUGGAGAAGAAUUUGGAUCCAGAGUUCAGGAGGUUUCUGCGCGAGCCUGGGAAUCUCAAGUCCCUGCAGAAGUUGCUGCAAUUCCAUGUGGUGCCCACGAGAAUGGUUGCAGAGGAAUGGAAUAACGUUACUCACAGGGCCCUGAACUGGGACGAGGAGCUGAAUUUUCAGUUGCACGAGGAUUCCAAGAGCAAAGUAAUGAAAGUGGAUCUGGGUACUGUGACACACCCUAAUGCUGUGGUAAGGCCAGAUGGUGUUAUCCAUGGUAUUGACAGACUCCUUGUGCCAAAGUCUGUACAGAAUGAGUUCAAUGAGUGGAGGAGUAGAAGGGUAAUAUUGGAGGCUGUGAAGCCACAGGGAGCUCCUACUGUUGAUUCUCCUCGUUUCAGCAAGAAGAUUGUAUCAACAAGCUCAAGCUCAAUCUCAUUGCCCCCAAUUGAGUUUGCCCUUGCCCCUGGACCUUCCCUAGCACCUGCCCCUGCACCUGGGCCUUCUUCUGGAUAUCAUUGGUUUGACGGGGAAAGCCAAGUGAAGGACUUCAUUCACACAUUGGUGCAAUAUGGUGGCUACAAUGAGAUGGCUGACAUCUUGGUGAACUUGACCUCAAUGGCCUCUGAGAUGGCAAAGCUUGUUUCAGAGGGUUACCGUCUCACUGUCCUGGCUCCAAAUGACGAGGCAAUGGGGAAGCUUUCUGCAGACCAGUUAAGUGAAUUGGAACAUGUCAUAUAUUACCACAUGAUUCCUGAGUAUCAAACUGAGGAGAGCUUUUAUACUGGAGUGAGACGGUUUGGAAAGUUGAAGUAUGAUACUCUGCAUAUUCCUCAUAAGGUGGUUACCCAAGAAGCAGAUGGUACUGUUUUGUUUGGGGAGGGAGAGCAAUCAGCCCAUUUGUUUGAUCAUGACAUUUACGUUGAUGGGAGAAUCUCUGUUCAAGGCAUUGACAAAGUUCUGAUCCCACCAAGCCACCAGUCUAAGGUUAAGAAGUUGGAAAGAGAACAAGAAAUAGCCAAGCAAAGCAAACGAAGCAAAGGACGCUUGCUUGGAUCAGUAUGCAACCUUUUAGAGAAGUUUGGUCAGAACUCUAUUCUUUCAACCUGUCAGUAAUUUUGAGUUGAUGGAAGAUUGUCAUGUUUUCUAUCCUAUUACUCUGAUCUUAUGAGCGGUAAUAAGAUUCAAAGGGAAACGUUCAAUUGAGGAUGGUAAGCAAUGCGAAUAGUCUCAAACUGAAGUGGCUUGUUACCAACACCAAUGUUGUGAGAAGCAGGAUUUAUGUGUUUUUAAUUGUUGUCCUAUUGUUUCUGUCAAUAAAGAACCAGAUUCAGAUGCCUAUGUUGUACGUUCAGAAUAUAGUUUGAGCAUAGUACUGGUGAACAAGUUGUAAGUGGAAGCAGGGCCAAUUUCUUCCAUAGGAAGCCAACUGUGAUAUUAUGAUAAUGAGCUUUCAUAUAAUUGAUUUGUAUGAUAAUUGUUGAAUUACUUAAGCAGGACACAUUUCUGUAUAGAGCAAUAAGAUGCCUCUUUUCUUAA